AUGAGUGAUGACAGAAGACGCAGUUCAUGUUCUGCUGAAUGUUCCCGAGAUGUCUCUGCUCUGUCGAAUUCCAGAGCGUCUACUCAUCUGGACUUGGUGUUCACACCCGAACGCGACACUCCGUUCAGUCCGAUGGCGAAUUCGAGACCGCCGAGUAGAAUGAGCUUUGUCGCUCAGCGGGAAGUCGCUAAUCGCGCUGGCGAGAUUCCCGAGCAACGACGGAGACGGAGAACGACGACUGAUGUGGACUUCGGAGGCAUCUUGACUCUGCCUCGAAUCUCUCCCACUCGUUCGAUUUCUCCGACUCGAAACAACAAUCCCCAGCCCGUUGGUUUGGUGUUGCAAAGCCCAUAUAAUAGAACAGGAGAGGUGUUCGAGAUUUGGAAUCCCGAGUUGAAUCCGGUAGAAAGAAAGAUACCACAGCUAUUAACACACGUCCGUGAAGUAAAUUUUUCGUGUGGAGGCGAAAACCCUUACACAUCCGGACGAGAUACGACAACAAUAUUUGAGUGCAAUCUACGAACUACAAAUUCUUCAUCCUACCAAGACCCUAGCACGCGCUCCUGUUUGAAAGAUUCUCUCCCAACGACGCGCUUUGGAAGCAGUCCUAGUGCGGCUGCCGUCGGAAUAGUUCCGCAAGUCUUACCACCACUGAGAAAGAUCACCACCAAAAGUCAGCAAAAAUCGAGAUCCUAUAGGUCAUAAGCACGAGUUUCUGUUGACCGUGCAAGACAACUCCCAUAUUACGCUGGUCAGAAUACAUAAAA